CUCUCUUCUCUUGCUAUUCUUGCAUCCUCCUUUCCUUCGUCACAGCUUUGAAACAGUCGACGUCAUUUCUCUCGCGCUGUUUGACUUGCUUCCUUUUGUUUUAGGCUUCUUAAGGCCUACGAACCACUGUGAAGCAGUUUGCAUUUGUGGGCGUCCUCGUUUUUCGUCAGUCCACUUUGCAGCUGUAGCGCGUCACUCCCUCUCCAGCGCCCUUCAGCCUAUGCCGGCUUGUGCUUUGGAACUCGACACUGCUAUGGAAUAGGAUUCUGGCGGUUCAGGAGCGUCGCCGUGGAGUUGGCGACAUUUCGCUUGUCGGCAUUUUAACAUCUCGGCGAGCACCACACUUCACCAGCUUGGAGCAGGCGGCGUAUCAACCUUUUUGGUUGGUCAUUUGCAUCCGCGCGUGCAGCAGGGUGCUUUAAGUGUGGCGGUCGGGGGAGCCCUGCAGCACUUGGCUGUUUUUUUUGGGGUGUGGCUCGUCUUCGUGCCCUUGUUGCCUGGCGCCCGGCUGCCUGGCGCCCGCCCUGCUGUGAUGCCCUACUUGGCAGCGGACCGCACCCCUGCAGGUGGGGGCAGCACUGCCAGCCCGUUCUUCAGCCCCGGGCUGCAGCUCCACCUUGCCCUGUCCACGCAUAGCCUGGCGCACGGCGUGCAGGACCUGACGACGCAGCCUCAGGGCCCCAGCCUGCCUACCUACCCAGUCCUUCUGGUGGGCGCCACCACGGGGCUCCCAGAGGGCGAGCAGCUGUCCUCAGCCGGCGUCCGGGAGGUGACCAGUGCUGCCCUGUCAGUGCUGGACACCAUGUGCAGGCAGGGCAACCAGCCGCAGCUCUUGCAGGGCCACUCUCUGCACAGCACAGGCCGCCCCUCCCGCACGUUUGCGGGGCUGGCCUUCAGCCGGCGCGCGACCAGCGCCAGCAAAGCAGCCUUCACAGCGGAGCUCAUGCGCAAGUCGCCGCUGGCGGUACCGCUCCAGCGCGGUCAGGCUGUCCUCACGGUUCACGUGCCAGUGGACACCCGGCCCAUCAUUCCGGGCACCUACACCGUCACGGUCAAGAUGGUAGGGGGCCCUGUGUGGGGGGCUUUCCGCGGUCGCACCGAUUUGGUGUUGCAGGCGGGCGGCUAUCCCACCACCUCGGACCCCUCUAACCUGGCGUGUGCUUAUGUGGUCUCAGAGCAGUGCGCCAAAUCGGUGGGCCCCAAGGGGGAGCCCCAGGCCCCCGCAGGCCAGGGCAUCACCAACCACAUAUUUGCCUGUGUGCGGGGCCCCAUCUGGGACCCGCAGCUCUCUUACCUGCACUGUGCCAAGUUUGAGAUGCCCGGUGAGGAGCCCAUGCAGGUGGAGGUCCGUGGCGCCCCCCAGGCGGCUGGGACAGCCACGACAGCUGCGGCAGGCAGCCCUGCUCCGGCUGCAGCCGGGGUCGCCGACCUGGGUGGCAACACCUUGGGUGGGGUGAGGCCCGCGGCUGCCAUGGCGACCGCAGCGGACAUCGUUGACCACGUAGGGGACGUGCAGAUGCAGGAGGCGGCGGGUUUGGGUGACGCGGUGGCUGCGGCUGGUGGCGCCAGUGGGCCACUCAGCGGGGCCCCGCCCCUGCUGCCAGUUCUGGUGGCGGGGGGAAGCAACCGUGCUGCUGCGGCUGCUCUGCGGGCCGCGCUGCAGCAGCAGCCCUCUUCGCAGCAGCGGGUGGCAACGGGAGGGCUUAGCGGGGUCCAGCCGGCGGAAGGCGUGGGGGGGCCGCCGGCGGCCAGGCCUCGCCCUGCCGGUGCUGGGCCAGCUGGCGUGCAGCAGCAGCACAGUGGCGCUCCCGCGCCACGGCCGCCCUGGGAUCCGCGGGCCGCCGCCGGGCAGGAUCAGGAGCAGUCCGCUGUGAUGCGGCGGUACUUGGCCGAGCUGGCGGACCUCAAUCUCCAGCAGAAACGGCGGUUACAGCAACAGCAGCAGCAGGAACUGCAGCGCCAGGGGCAGUCGCCCAGGCCCCGGACCGGCUCCCAGGUUGUGGUCCGGGCCACGCGGGGGGGGCAGGACGGGGCGGGCGGUGGCCCUGGCGCGGCGGCGUCACGUCGUGGGCAAUGUAUUGACAUAGUUGACCACGUGGGGGACGUGCAGAUGCAGGAGGCGGCGGGUGUGGGUGACGCAGCGGCUGCCGCUGGUGGCGCCCGCGGACCACCCGCCGUGGCAUCGCCCUCGCUGCCAGCUCUGGUGGCAGGGGGAAGCACCCGUGCUGCGGCGGCUCCCCUGAGGGCCGAGCGGCAGCAGCAGCCCUCUUCACAGCAGCGGGUGGCAGCGGGAGGGCUUAGCGGGGGGCAGCCGUCGGCAGGCGUUGGGGGGCCGCCGGCGGCCAGGCGUCGCACUGCCGAUGCUGGGCCGGCUGGCAAGCAGCAGCAGCCCAGUGGGGCUCCCGCGGCACAGCCGCCCUUUGAUCAGCGGGCAGCCGCCAGGCAGGAUAAGCAGCUGGCAGCUGCGAUGCAGCGGUACUUGGCCUACAUGGCGGACCUCCAUCUCCAGCAGCAACGGCGGGUACAGCAACAGCAGCAGCAGGAGCAGCAGCGCCAGGUGCAGCCGCCCAGGCCCCGGACCGGCUCCCGAUUCGAGGUCGUGGCCACGCUGGGGGGACAGGACGGGGCGGGCGAUGGCGCUGCCACGGCGGCGUCCGGGCGUGGGCGACGGGUGCAACCAGCUGCACACGCACCGCCGCCGCCGCCACAGCAACAGCCCCGCUCCAAAGGGCGCGGUGGCCCCGCCCAGCUCCCGCAGCAGAGGGCAGGGCGCUUGGGCGGCGGGCUGCCUCCCCCGCAGGACGGUGCUAGCUCGCCGCCGCACGUGCCCACUGGGCGGCCGGCCGGGGGACAGCAGGCUGGUGGGGGCAGCGGGUCGGGGCGCCAGGGUGGAGGAGCGGGGCGGGCAGUGCCCCAGCCGCCGCCCCAGGCGCGGCCGCCACUGCAGACGUCACAACCGGCGGGUGGUGGUAAGGGCAGGGGCAGGGGCCUGGGCGCGCCGGCUGGGGUUUCGGCCGACACGGCUGGGCGCGCUGGUGGGGGUGCGGGCAGUGAGGCAGAGUACGGGGCCGUUUGCCUGAAUCGUGACACGUGUGUUGCCAUCGGCUCUGACCUCGUGACGCACCAGAACCGCUGCGCAGAUGUGCAGGGGUUUGAGUGGGCGCAGCUGGGCCACGACACGCUUGGUGGCCGCCUCCUCGCCUACCUCCGUGACCAGGGCGCCACCGUACCGGACUGGGCCGUCUGCCGCGUGCCGGCCGGCCGUACCGCCGUCCUGGCACAGCUGCACGACGAGUUCACUGGCUGGUGGCGCCUAUACUCAGCCCAGCCUGCAGACACGCCCCUGCCUUCCGACGUGACGGAGCAGCUGGAUGACGCCGCGCAGCAGGUGCAGACGGCCUACAUGGACUACGUGCUUCUAGACGCCCGCACCCUGCGGUCCGCUAAGCGUGGGCUGGCGGACCCCGGCGGGGCCAGCGGGCCCAGCCGCCGGCAACGCCAGCACCGCAGCCGCAGUACCUCCAGCCUCAUGAGCCUGGGCAGCGCUCCAUUGCACCCCGGCGGCGCCAGCUCAGUGAAUGUCAACGGCCUGGGCUCGCCGCUCAAGGCGCGGGCGCUGGUCUCGCACCUGCAGCAAGUUGGGGCGGAUGUGGCGAUGGUGCAGGAGACCCACGCUACUGACACGACCGCGCUGGAGUCUUGCCUUCGUGCCGCGCAGGGGGCGUGCCUUCCGUGGCGCCACUGCCUCGCUGCCAGCCCGGCAGCGUCGCCCCACUCCUGUGGGGCAGCUAUCCUGGCGCGGAGUCGGCUGUCCCUUCCAGGCUGUGUACUGCAGCCGCCGUCAACGGAUGCGGCGGGCCGUGUGGUAUGUUGGGAUUGGGACGUGGGUCACCUGCGCCUGCGCUUCGUGUGUGUGUAUGCGCCCACGGCCGUGGCGGACAAGCCUGCUUUCUUUGCCGGGCUGCAUCCCCACCUGGCCACGGACAGGGUGCUUGUUGUCGGUGCGGACUGGAACUGUGUCACCGAUGCCAGUCAGGAGGCGGCCCCUAGCCCGUCACGUGCUGCAGGUGCCCCGCAACUUGCCAGCCUCCUCGCCCAGUUCAGUCUGGUGGACCCUUGGGCAAGCAAGCGUGGCGGCGCCAAGGGCUACACGCAUCCGGCCACGCCCAAACCGGCCACUCCCGCACGCCUGGAUCGGUGGUAUGUCAGUGCCACCGCGGCACCGUGGGUGCUGGAUGUCGCACGCACGUAUGGGGCGCCUGGGGACCACAACGGUGUGCUGCUCACCCUGUCCUUGCCCGACCUGCCACAUGCGCACCGGGAGCAGUGGCGCUUCCCCACAUACCUGCUGUUUCACCCCUCGCUGCGUUUGGAGCUCGAGCAGCGCUUGGAGGCGCACGUUGCCGCAAAUCCCGUGGCCAGUACAGGUGACGGCGCUUGCACGCAAUGGGAGGCGGACAAGUUCUUCUUGCGGGAGGCCGCCACCAGCAUCCACCGUCGGCAUGCACGCCAGACCCGGGAUGGGCUGCAUGGCGUGGUGCUGGCCGCAGACACGGCCGCUGCCCUGGCCGACCGGCCGGGUGCCAGCGCCGCGCAGCGUCAGGCUUCGGCCAUGGCCAACUUGGCGGUGCGGGAGGAGCGGGCAGCUGCCGCAGCGGCCAGCCACAAUGCCCGCGCUGCACUGAUGGAGGAGCAUGGGGAGCGGGGCACCCGCUGGUUCCAUCGGCAGGCUGACGAGCCAGCAGCCGGCGCGCAGGAGCCCAUCACGCACUUGAAGGUGCCGGGGCAACCGGCGCCUGUGGCGCUCACGGGGCCGGGCACGCGCAACACUGUCUCCGCAGCCGCCGCAGCCAUGUACAGCAGCACCAGCCCCACCGGCCUGUUCCGCGUGCAGCCGGUCUGUACGGCGUCGCAGCAACAGCUUCUGGCGGCCAUUGACCGCAAGGUUCCGGCGGAUCUGCACGCCGCCGCAGAGGGGUCCGGUGACGGCACCCUCAGUGAUGCCGAGCUGAUGGCAGCGCUGGCUGGCUCCGCCAAUGGUAAAGCACCUGGGUCGGACGGGGUUCCGUACGAGGUGUACAAGGUCUUCUGGGCACUGCUGGGCCCGCGCUUGUGUGCUGCUGCUGCCGCUGCCUUUGCUGCCGCUGCAGACGCCCACGAUGGCGGCGAAAUGGCGGCGGCGCUGCCUGCUUCCUGGCGGGAGGGCAUCAUUACGCUCAUCUACAAGGGCAAAAGCCUGGACCGCGCCGAGCUGGCGUCCUACCGGCCCAUCACGCUGCUCAACUGCGACUUCAAGAUGGUGUCCAAGGCCGUCAGCGCCCGCCUGCAGCCCGCCCUGGAUGCAGUUGUGGAUGAGCUGCAGACCGCGUUCAUCACCGGCCGCUGGAUUGGUGACAACGCGCUGUACCUCCAAGGCCUGAUCGAAUGGAUGCGCCUGGACGUGGGCGCGGACGGCACGCCACGGCAGGGUGGUGCGCUGUACUUCUUGGACAUUGAAAAGGCGUAUGACCGGGUGCACCGGCAGUGGCUGUAUGCGUCCGCGGAGGGACUUGGGUUUGGGCCGCGCAUGCUGCGCUGGAUCCGCCUGCUCACUGCCAACGGCUCUGCCCGCGUGUGUGUGAACGGGAUGCUCUCUGACGCCUUCCCAGUGCUGAACGGCUUGCCGCAGGGCAGCACCGCCUCACCACCCCUGUGGGUCAUCCAGAUGCAGCCACUGACGUCCUUUCUGCGGCGGCAGGUGGAGCAAGGGGCACUGCGCACGCCCCUGUUACCCAGCGGCGAGCAGGCGCCACCUGCUGCCCACCACGCUGACGACACGACCCUCACGGCGCGCGACCCGGCGGUGGACGGGCCGGUCCUGAUGGCGGCAGUACAGCUGUUCUGCCGCGCGUCCAACGCCCGUGUCCAUCCGGACAAGAGCAAGGCCAUGGGCCUUGGCAGGUUUGCGCACCUGACGGGCCCUUGCCCACACACGGGGGUGCCGUUUACCACUGGCGCCGUGACGCACCUGGGUGUGCCCCUGUCGUGGGACUCUGAUGCGGCUGCAGCUGACUUGUACACCCGGCGGGCUCGCGGCAUGGCGUUUGUGGCGCGUCUGUGGGCUGCCCUGUCUCUGACCCUCGUUGGCCGUGUGCACAUUGCGAAGCAGGUGCUGGCGGCGAAGCUGGCCUACCACUUCAGCUUCCUCAACCCGUCGCCUGCGCAGCUGAAGGAACUCACCGACCUGGUGGACCACUUUGCUGCGCGCUGCUCUUCUCACCGCACAGCUCAAGGCGGCUAAGCUGGAGCACUUUCUUGCCAUCUGGUCGGGCUUUUUCUUCUCUUUUCUUC